AUGGACAAGACUCCGGCGCCCAUGUUCCGGAGGCAGAACCACAUCCCUUCCUCUGCCCUGCCGUCGUCCUCACCAGCAUUCGGCACACCUGUCCACCCGCUCAAGCCCUUCAGCGUCAAUGCGCCCAAGGCCGCGAUACUCCCGAUCAUUCUCCCACCGGCUACCCUCCGCCCCCUUGCGUUUCGGACUUUUACCAAGAAGCACUCCUUGACACUCACGUCCUCGGCUUUGCAGGAACUUGCCUCCUUCAUUGGGAGGCAUUGCGGAUCGGGAUGGCGUGAAGAAGGUCUCGCUGAGCGGGUGCUAGAGGAGGUAGCAAGGAGUUGGAAGAACCGGAAUGGCGGAGUCAUCGUUGAAGGCUCCAGCAAGGAGCUCCACGACAUCCUCAGGACGUUGGAGGGCAACAUGAGCGGCGGCAAGAUCGUCGGGCCAGCUAGGGGUCUGCCCCGAGGCGACAGCAUGCUGGACAUACAGGACAACGACACAGUCAACACGAGGCUAGGGCUGCGCCCGACAACACUCGCCAGAGAGGACAGCAAUGCCAGUUUCGGCAUGUCGGGCCUGGGCGUGCAGGAAGAGGCUGAUGACGACGACGAGAGCAAAGAUCCGCGCGCAUGGCUGCAGGUCAUUGACUCGUAUGAGCAGCCCAGGCUUAUCUACAACGUCGGGAAGAAGCAUUUCGAGAGGGAAACAUCAAAACCGUCGUUACUGCCUGCCGCAUCACAUAAAACGACCCUCUUCCGCAACCGCUACAACGUCAUCCACCAGCGCUUGCUCCGAAACGAAGCCUUCCAAACCUCGUCCGUCUCAUCAUCCCGCAAGCGCACACUUCAGCGCUCUCUUUCGAACCAACAAUCACUGAAGAUCACACCGAUUGCAAACAUGCUUGGCCGCCACGGCAGCAACCACAUGCUUCUGGGGCAACUGGUCAUCCUUCCUACUGGCGAUCUCGCCAUCAGUGACCUGACUGGCACGAUAGCCCUCGAUCUGAAGCAGGCCAUUGCCAUACCGGCAGACUCGGCCUGGUUCUGUCCUGGCAUGAUUGUCCUCGUGGACGGUGUCUAUGAAGAGGAGGAGGAGUCCGUGGGCAAGGGCCUCAGCGGGAGUAGUGGUGUGGGAGGCACACUCGGCGGUCGCUUUCAGGGCUUCUUCAUUGGCCAGCCCCCGUGCGAGAAGCGCAAGGCGACGCUGGGCAUAAGCGGCCCAGAUGGCGGGCAGGAUCACACCAUCGGCGGCGGGUUCGGCUGGAUCGACUUUCUCGGCGUGGGCAGCGAACGUGCCGUGGGAGCGAAGAUGCGGCGGCUGGAGCGUCGCCUGCUGCAGCCGCCGUCAGAAGAGGACGGGCCAGGUCGGAAUCGGGUCGUCAUCUUGGGCGAACUCAACCUAGACCAACCUCGCGCUCUGCAGGCGCUGCGCAAGAUCCUCUCCCUCUACGCCGCCGAGGCAGAAGGGUCCUCUCCCGUGAGUUUCGUCCUCACAGGUAACUUUACCCAACAAGCCGUCAUGGCCCGGGGUGGCAGUGGCGGAAGCAUAGAGUACAAGGAAUACUUUGACGCCCUGGCCUCAGCACUCUCCGACUUCCCGACGCUUCUCCAAACCUCGACCUUUGUCUUUGUCCCUGGCGACAACGACGGAUGGGUGUCGGCCUUCACGGCAGGCGCGUCAGCGCCGGUUCCUCGAAAGGGGGUCCCCGAAAUGUUCACUUCGCGCAUCCGCCGUGCUUUCGCCACGGCCAACGCAGAGGGCGGAAACCAUGGGACACCGGGCACGGCGGUCUGGACUUCAAACCCGAGUCGCCUUACGCUCUUUGGGCCGAACCACGAGCUCGUUCUCUUCCGCGAUGACCUUUCGGCGCGUCUUCGCCGCACCUCAGUCACUCUAAAACGAAUGGCCGCGGACCCAGAGGACCGAGAGAAUGAUCCCACCGCCGUCGAGCCUCCCGAGACGCAGGCCUCCGCCGCAGACGCCAUGGAUCUCGACGCCGCCAACAACGACAAACCCGAGGUCACGUCCGGCACGGCACAGUCGCUCAGCGAGGACGUCCGCACGGCGCAGAAGCUCGUCAAGACGGUCCUCGACCAGGGCUACCUCGCGCCCUUCCGGCAGGCCGUCCGCCCCGUGCACUGGGACUACGCGUCGGCGCUGCACCUCUACCCGCUGCCCUCGGCCAUGGCCCUCGUCGACACGACGGCCCCGCCGUUUUGCGUCACGUACGAGGGCUGCCACGUCAUGAACCCGGGCAGCGUGCUCGUGCCCGGGAGGAAGGGCGUGGGCAGGUGGGUCGAGUACGAGGUCGGGCGGCAGGGCAGGCUGCGCGAGUGCACGUUUUGA